UUUUCUCAUGUCGCUCCAGCGGAAACAACAUCGUUCAGUGUUUCCCGUAGUCAUCGUUGAUAGCUGGGUAACAGCGAAGAGUGGAUCGCAUCUCCACAAAAAAAGAGCCUCUUGUUUACUAGUUUGCUUAUUUAUCAAGAGACAAAAUGCCUCUGGAGAACUUGGAGGAAGAGGGUCUGCCUAAGAACCCCGAUUUGAGGAUAGCUCAGCUGAAAUUUCUGCUCACAAUGGACGGCCACCGACGAGACGAGAAAGUGAAAACCGAGCUAAUGGAUGCUAUUAAAGCUAACAACAUGGCGCCGUAUUAUGAGGGUCUGUGUAAGGAGCUGAAGUGGCCCUUGGACUCUGAGCUGCUGAGCAAAAUGAAAAAGGCCAACGAGGAGGAGCUGAAGCGCCUGGACGACGUGCUGGAGGAUGCAGAGAAGAACAUGGGAGAGAGCGAGAUCCGGGACGUGAUGAUGGCCAAAGCGGAAUAUUUAAUCAGAAUCGGAGAUAAGGAGGGCGCGCUGACGGCUUUCAGGAAGACCUACGACAAGACGGUGGCUCUGGGCCACAGGUUAGACAUCGUCUUCUACCUGCUGAGGAUCGGCCUCUUCUACAUGGACAGUGACCUCAUCACGCGCAACUCGGAAAAAGCCAAGAGCCUCAUCGAGGAGGGCGGGGACUGGGACCGGAGGAACCGCCUGAAGGUCUACCAGGGUCUGUACUGCGUAGCCAUCAGGGACUUCAAGCAGGCCGCCGAGCUUUUCCUCGACACCGUCUCCACCUUCACCUCGUACGAGCUCAUGGACUACAAGACGUUUGUCACCUACACAGUUUACGUCUGCAUGAUCGCCCUGAAAAGGCCCGACCUCCGCGAAAAGGUGAUAAAAGGAGCAGAGAUCCUGGAGGUGCUGCACAGCCUCCCGUCCGUCCGCCAGUAUCUGUUCUCCCUGUACGAGUGCCGUUACUCCGUCUUCUUCCAGUCUCUGGCCCUGGUGGAGCAGGAGAUGAAGAAAGACUGGCUCUUCGCCCCACAUUACCGCUACUAUGUGAGGGAGAUGAGGAUCCAGGCCUACAGCCAGCUGCUGGAGUCCUACCGCUCCCUCACGCUGGGAUACAUGGCCGAGGCCUUCGGCGUCAGCACAGAGUUCAUUGAUCAGGAACUGUCCCGAUUCAUCGCCGCCGGACGUCUGCACUGUAAAAUUGACAAAGUUAACGAGAUUGUGGAAACUAAUAGACCUGAUAGUAAAAACUGGCAGUACCAAGAGACCAUCAAGAAGGGUGACCUGCUGCUCAACAGAGUCCAGAAGCUGUCAAGAGUCAUUAACAUGUAACCAUGGCAACCAUCGGGGGGGUUUUUUCCGUGAUGGAGAGUUGCAAGUUUUCCUCUUGGUAUUUGUCUGACAAAGUGGCUUAUAUUGUGUAUAUAAUAAAACCUGUUUACCUAAAA